CCAGCUGGAAGUCGGCGGCAUUGCUAGUGUAUUGCCAUUCGAAUAUCUUUCUUAAAUAAACAUUCAAAAAGACAGAAAAGAUACUUUUUCAGUGAUUUAUAAAAGUUGUUUUUUCGUCUACAGUUCUAAGCAUCGUGAUUACAGGCACGCGAUAUUAUGAUCUACAAGAUUAAGCAGCAGUUUUCGUGUCACAGGAGGAUGCUAUUUUUGAUAUUUUCGCGUUACGAGACAUUUGAUAAAUAUAUGGUGAACAGUAUUGUGUGAUCAGUAAGAAACAUUAAGAUAACCGGCAAUAUGUUUAGUUUUCAUAAACCCAAAGUUUAUCGAUCCAGUACCGGAUGUUGUAUUUGCAAAGCUAAAUCGAGCAGUUCAAGAUUUACAGAUAGCAAAAAGUAUGAAGAUGAUUUUAUGGAAUGUUUUCAAUUAGAAGAAAGACGUACUGGAGAAAUUUGUAAUGCUUGUGUGUUGCUAGUAAAAAGAUGGAAAAAGUUACCAGCUGGAAGUAAUCGUAACUGGAGACAUGUUGUAGAUGCUCGUGCAGGGCCUGGUAUUAAAUCAUUAACAAAAUUUAAAUCAAAAAAUAAAAAGAAACUUAAAGAUGCGCCCGAAAAAUUUGAAAAAAUAAUGAAGAAAAAAAAUAUAUAUGUAAAAUCAGAGACAGAACGAGAACAAAGUCCUGCAAUGAGUGAUGAUUUGGUUGAUUAUGUGCCAGAAAAUAGUAGCAAGUGCUCUAGUAGAACAGGUAGUCCUACUGGCAGCGAUGAUAUUAAUACAGUUGACAAACCUUUAGAUAUUGCACAAGAGGAUUCUGAUGUAAAAAAUGAUUUAACUGUUAAUGGCUUUAUUGAUUUAUCUUAUUUCAAAAGGGAAAUUAUUUGCUGUGGUACAAUAUUCAAAGGCCCAUAUGGAGAAGUUAUAAUAGAUCCAGCAUUGAUAAAACCAUGUACAGGAUGCCUAUCUAAACAAAGACAGCAACAAUCAAAUGUGUUAAGAAAUAGUCCAGUACAUAGUUCAGCAUCGGCGAGUCCUGUUCAUAGUUCUGCAUCUGCUAGUCCUACUCACAGCGUAGAAUCAGGUGUAGAUUCAGCGGUGACAAAACAAACAAGUAAAACAUUCAGUGAUUCGUCUUCUGAUUCUGGUUAUGACGAAUCUUCUAAUCAAGGGGUUGGUGAGGGUAAAGUUACUAAAGUAAUUAUGAAUGUUAAUCCCAACCUUAAACCGAUUGUUAAAACACAACCGAUAAAGAGUGUGCAAUUAAAAGCUAUCCCUGUUGUAUCGGAAUCUGUCAGGUUAAAGUCAGAUGUGCCAAUAAAAUUGGUGCCUAUAAAACAAAUAGACCAACUUUCUUGUAAGCCAUUAUCUUUAGUAUCAUCAACCAAUGUUACUUUAAGCAGUAGUUCACAUACUAUUGUUACUGUCCCUGCCAACCCACUUGUUGAUUUUACAAUGCAUGCAAGUCCUUCUAGACAAUCUGUUUCUAAUUAAUGUCAAUUCUCUUAUAGAGGUUUAAUUUAUUAUUUUUUCUCUUUUUUCUUAUAUAGGUAGAUAUAUAUGUUAUGACACAAACUUAUUUUUUAAACAUGCUACCAUCAUUGCCCAGACAACAAAGGCUAUGGAAGGAUGUGUUUAAAACUUUAUAUUAAAUACAAUUGAAGAGUUUAUAAUGUUAUGAAUGAGGAUAACUGAUUUCUUAACUAGGGUAAUUGUUAUGACAUGCAUUAGAUAAGUAGUGCUCUUUGAAAAAAAAAAAAAAAAAAGAAAAGAAAUGUAAAGAAUUUUUAUUCCUACUCGUUGCAAGUUGAUAAAAGUAUUUGUAACUAUAUAUGAUAUUGACUUUAUAUGAGUAACAUGUUGAAAUUCACUUUACACUUUUCAAGUAGUUGUAAAAAAAAGAACAAUCGAAUAAGACCAUAAAGUUUUUAUUGACCAUCGUUUAUAGCAUAUGUAAAAUGUGUUAUAAACUGCCAUAUCUUAUAAUUGCUAACCUUUCAUAAAUUUGAUAAAUUUUCGAAAGGUUAUCAAUCUUUCUCCAAAUUUAAUAAGCUGUAUGUAUUUAAGUAUCGUUAUAAAAAUAUUAUGAAGAUAUAAGUAUUCACUCAGCAAGACAGCAGAUGGCAGUUUAUUACAUCUCUCGACUAUGCAUUUAUAAGAGUACUAUAUAAUAUAAAAGUUUAUCCAUCCACAGCUUCAGUUUUCUGGGUCAAUCUUUGCAAUCGUAUAUGUGAAUACUUAUGUGGAUGUCCCAAAAUGCCAAUCAAUCUUUAAAUGUUCGGGUCCAAAAAUUCUGAAAAGUAAUUCAUAUUAACUAGGAUCUAAUGUUGACAUUGUACCAGAUGCAUUUGAAAUUAUCUGUGCAAAACUCCAUGACGUUAAAAUUAAGGAAUCCAAUGAUGUGUUCAGGUAAUAUUAUCCUGAUCCACUUAGAGCAAUAAUAUACAAAUUAACUUUUUAAUAAAAUAUCUGAAGUUUGAUAAACUUAUCAUAUCACUAUGAUGAUAUAUUUAGGCAGUAUUACUAGGGACGAAAAUUGGUUAAGAAUAUGGCAAUCAGAUUGGCGAACUGGACCAGCAAAUUUAAUUAAGAUACUUUGAGAUAAGUAAUGAAGACACAAAAUAGAAAUGGGCUGAAUCAAUUUGAUACGAAAUUUAAGAAUAAUAAUAAAUAAGUAAAGGCUGGUAGUUCCUAGAUUUCAGAAAUGGACACGUUACAAAAAGAUAACACAAACUAAUGUACCUGUUGAAAACAGAUUAUUGUGAUUAUUCUCCAGAUCUUAUUUGAAUCAUACAUGUUUCAUGCACAAAAAAUUUUCUGAUAAGAGAUAUGUAUUUUAUUAGGAAAGUCCAUGUACGAUCGCAAAAGGCUUUCUUAUUUCAUUUCUUUUUUAAUAUUCUUUUGAAUUUUUAAUUAAAAACUUAUAUUAAAAAAUAUCUCUCAAUCUACAGAACUCUUAUUUAAGAUAGCAGUGCAUUUUAUAAUACAGAUAUAAACGAUCUUGCAUUUCCAUAGAUAUUUUUAAUGAAGUUUAAAGUUUGAUCCACAUGGACAAGGGCUGAGCAUUUUAUAUGUGCAAUAUAUAUUGCUAAUUCUGUGUAGAUUCAAGCAUAUUACUAAAUUUUAAUGUAACUGGCUGAUAACAAUUUUCUGAAUCUGAUAAUAAUCAUUAGAAAUAUAAAUAAAGUUUGUAAAAUUUGUGAUCUACUGUUUGACAAAAAAUUAAAAGCAUGUUUCAACUCUUUUCCAUCUAGGUAAAAGCUGAAAAUAAACUCUACACAGAUCGUCUUAUAGUAUUGCAUUCACAUAUAUUCUUAUAUGUUGUGUAUACGAAAU